AUGAAGAAGUUUGGAGGAAAUGAGAAGGUGAAGAGAUCUCUUCUCAAUACUCUGAGGAGAGAAUUCGAGGUCCUUGCCAUGAAGACGGACGAAAAAAUUGACGAUUAUUGUGCAAGAGUAAUGACAGUUUCCAACAAAAUGAGGAGCAAUGGGGAAGACAUGCCAGAUUCAAAGAUCGUUGAGAAGAUUCUUCGAACACUGACAGAAAAAUUCACAUAUGCGGUGGUUUCCAUUAAGGAAUCCAACGACACCGGAAGUAUGUCUAUCGAUGAGUUGCAAAGCUUUUUGGCUGUUCAUGAGCAAAAGUUUAGGAGAACCAGUUAUGAAGAGGAAGAUCAAGCUCUCAAUGUAUGA